UUACUUACCACACCGAUCAUGAAAUCAAUGGAAAGAAGAAGCGGCAGGACGGCAUAAACCCCGUCUGUGAAAACUCCAACUAUAAAUUCUCCCUCUCAUUUCCCAAAUGCCGAAACCUCUGGGAUGAGAUGAUGCCCAGACUAAUACGAACCACCAUGUCAACUACUACUCUCUUCUCUUCGCCUUUUGCUCUUAAAAAUCCUUCCUCCCGUUUCUCCUCCACCUCCACCUCCACUCUCUUCAAUGGAACACGCUUUCUCACUUCUCCCCUUCGCUCCCAUGCUGUUUCCCUCCGAUGCUACGCUUCUUCUCCUUCUGCUUUUGAUCGAGUUCCUGUCUUGAAUCCUGUUGUCGAAAUGGACGGUGAUGAAAUGACGAGGAUCAUAUGGACUAUGAUAAAAGAAAAACUUAUUUUCCCGUUCUUGGAUUUGGAUAUAAAAUAUUAUGACUUGGGGAUAUUGAAUCGGGACGCCACUGAUGACAGAGUUACCGUUGAGAGUGCAGAAGCCACUCUUAAGUACAAUGUUGCUGUAAAAUGUGCUACGAUCACCCCAGAUGAGGCCAGAGUCAAAGAGUUUGGACUUAAAACUAUGUGGAGAAGUCCCAAUGGCACAAUUAGGAACAUUCUUAAUGGCACUGUUUUCCGAGAACCUAUCUUAUGUGAAAACAUCCCAAGAAUUGUUCCUGGUUGGAAGAAGCCCAUAUGCAUUGGUAGGCAUGCUUUUGGUGAUCAAUACCGUGCCACUGAUACUGUCAUCCCAGGGCCUGGAAAGCUUAAAAUGGUGUUCGUUCCAGAAAAUGGGGAGACACCAAGAGAGCUCGAGGUUUAUGACUUCAAAGGAUCAGGCAUAGCACUUACAAUGUAUAAUGUUGACAAGUCUAUUCAAGCAUUUGCAGAGUCCUCGAUGUCACUGGCAUUUGAGAAGAAGUGGCCCCUGUAUUUGAGCACAAAAAAUACAAUUCUCAAGAAAUAUGAUGGCAGGUUUAAGGAUAUAUUUCAAAAAGUGUAUGAGGAGAAGUGGAAGCAGAAGUUUGAAGAAAAUUCGAUAUGGUACGAACAUCGGCUUAUUGAUGACAUGGUAGCCUAUGCUGUAAAAAGUGAAGGUGGAUACGUUUGGGCUUGCAAAAAUUAUGAUGGGGAUGUUCAGAGUGAUUUACUUGCACAGGGAUUUGGUUCUUUGGGGCUAAUGACUUCUGUGCUGUUGUCAUCUGAUGGGAAGACGUUGGAAGCUGAGGCGGCUCAUGGCACUGUCACACGACAUUACCGAUUACAUCAAAAGGGACAAGAAACGAGUACAAAUAGUAUUGCUUCUAUUUUUGCAUGGACACGGGGCCUUGAGCAUAGGGCCAAAUUAGAUAAAAACCACAGGCUACUGGAUUUUGUUCAGAAAUUGGAGGCUUCAUGCAUUGAGACGGUGGAAUCCGGGAAAAUGACAAAGGAUCUUGCCCUGCUGAUACAUGGACCGAAGGUGUCAAGGGAGUUUUACUUGAACACUGAGGAGUUUAUUGAUGCCGUAGCACAGAAUCUGGUGGUGAAACUCCAACUUCCUCCUGUAACGGUUAACUAAAUGGCUUGUUAUUGGAGAUGGAGAUUUGGUUUCCAGGGUUUUUUCCUAUUUGUCAACACGCAAACGCAACGUUUAUUUCAUAGGAAUGCUCAAUAUCACGAGGUGAGUGUCUAACUAGUUUCUCACAUCGUCUUAUAGGCAUCUAAUGUCCAUACAAGAAGGAGCAUUUGAUUUGUGCUCGAUUUUGAAUACCUGUGUUUCAAAUAUGGCUACAAACCACAUGUUUGGUUGGAUUUCUUUUUCUCCAAUACUCUCUUGCAUCAAUUUUGGUCAUGUCAACUCUCAUUUUUAUACUCGAUAAUCAUUUUAAGGAAAUUGAUGUAAUGUAUUAACAGCCAUAUUUAUAUAGAAUAAAAUUGAUGAAGUCUUAUGACAUUUCAAUCUGCA